AGGUCCCUCCAGGUCCCUCCAGGUCCCUCCAGGUCCCUCCAGGUCCCUCCAGGACCCUCCAGGCCCCACCAGGCCCAUCCAGGCCCCAACAACCGAGCCCCCCCUCCCCCACCCCCUGCCGCGCCUGUCCGCCCCCUGGCUGCAGGCCUCCAAACGAGGUGAUCGCCGACUACACGCAUUCGUAGAGGAUGUGAGGCGGCCCGGCUGCCUCCACUGCCGGGUCCCCUCCCGGGUCCCCUCCCGGGUCGCCAUGGCGCCGCGAGGUCGGGAGGGUCGCGAGGGCCGCCGCACGCGCACCUCCCGGGCGGCCGGGGGCGCCCCGCUGCACCCCCCGAUGCCCGAGGUCGCCGACGGGCCCGAGGCGCGCCCCGUCCUGCCCGCGCUGCUGGCCGCCGCCGGGCCCACGCCGGACCUGGCGCUGCUGCCCCAGGCGGACAUCGCCGGCCUCGAGUUCGACGGCGUGCAGGUGCACGACUCGGACCGCUUCGCCAUGGGCAUGGUCACCACGCUCCUGCUGCUGUGCGUCGCCUGCCUGGGCGGCUGCAGCGUCUACACGUGCCUGCGGGCCUGGAGCCGCUACCACGCGCUCAGUGCCCCCGCGGAGAAGGCGGACCCGGAGUCGCCGCUGCCCAACUACACGCUCGUCUCGGGGCUGCCGACCUACGACGAGGCGCUGGACCAGCUGCAGCAGCGCCGCGAGCUGCGCCGCUCCUCCUCGGCGCAGAGGGCCAUCGAGCUGGCCGUGGCGGCGGCGCGGGCCGCGGGCAACCUCAUGGCGGUCCGGAGGCUGCAGAACAUCCGGCACAUGUCGGUGGGCGACCUCAUCCAGUACACGUUCCGCUCCAACUCGUUCGACAAGAGGUGACCAAAAGCACCUUAAGGCGGUGGAAGAAAUAAUGAUUACCCGUGAGUUUGAAAUUGACAUUUCAAAAAAACUCUUUUGAAAUUUUCAAACCACCCUUGGAAACACAAGUAUUUAUAGACUUGCUACACUGAAAAAGAAAUACUAGUUGCAGUUACUAGGAUCUUCGUGGGCGGUACUAGACAGUCUAGUACCUUUUAUUACUUUUGCUACUUUUUAUUAUUAUUAUUAUGGAGUGUGAUUGUGAUUUUUUUAAUGUACGAAACAAAAAGCACCCCUAUAAUUUAUAUCGUGUUGUCGUGGUUUGUCGUAUUUAUUCUGAAAACAGUACAACUUUUAGGCAUGAGAAUUAAAUGUAUCUCUUCAAAACAA